UCAGUCGCGCGCAGUGCGGUUCAUACAUCCGAGCAGGAAUGUGUUUCUUCUUUUCAUAUGUGAAAGUAUCGUCAUUUGAUCUGUGUUAUUUCAGCACUUUCCACUUGCCUGGGGAACUAAUUAUCAUGUGAUAGGUAAUUAAUGAGUGCUGGGAUUCAGUGCUGAUGUGUCUCAUAUCAACAGUGUCAGUCAGCAGGACAGAUGCAGGAUCCGCACAGUUUACAAGAUUUGGAAACUCUGGCAGCAAUGGAUCUUUACGCAGAGAACAUCAGCGUUAACCACACCUCGCUCUUCAACGACAGCAGGAACAUCACGCUCUUACCGUACUACCAGCACUCGCUCGCGGUGGCCACCAUCUUCAUCCUGGCCUACGUGCUCAUCUUCUCGCUGUGCAUGGUGGGAAACAUCCUGGUGUGCUUCAUCGUGCUGAAAAACAGGCAGAUGAGAACCGUCACCAACAUCUUCAUACUCAACUUGGCCAUCAGCGACCUGUUAGUAGGCAUCUUAUGCCUUCCCAUCACGCUGGUGGACAAUCUGAUCACAGGUUGGCCGUUUGAUGUAGUGAUCUGUAAAAUGAGUGGACUCGUCCAGGGAGCUUCAGUCUCCGCGUCGGUCUUCACGUUGGUGGCGAUCGCAGUGGAAAGGUUUCGUUGCAUCGUGUAUCCGUUCCAGAGGAAGCUGACGCAGCGUCAGGCCAUCAUCACCAUCGCCUUCAUCUGGGCUCUGGCCAUCGCCAUCAUGUGCCCCUCGGCCAUCACUCUGACCAUCUCCCAGGACGUCCUGCACUUCAUGGUGGACCGGGACAACGUCACGUACCCCCUGUACACCUGCUGGGAGGCCUGGCCCGACCGGAGCAUGAGGAAGAUCUACACCACCGUCCUGUUCUCGCACAUCUACCUGGCUCCGGUCACGCUCAUCGUCAUCAUGUACACACGCAUCGCCGUCAAGCUGGUCAAAUCGCCCGCCUCCAUCCGAGACGCGCACGCGGAGGACGAGAGCCGCAGGGUUUUCCGCAGGAAGCUGCGGGUGGUCAACAUGCUGCUGAUGGUGGCCUUGCUGUUCACCGUGUCCUGGCUGCCUCUCUGGAUCCUCAUGAUGCUGACGGACUACGGGAAUCUGUCGGCCGCUCAGCUGGACCUGGUGGCCGUCUACAUCUUCCCAUUCGCUCACUGGCUGGCCUUCUUCAACAGCAGCGUGAACCCCAUCGUCUACGGCUACUUCAACGAGAACUUCCGCCGCGGAUUUCAGGCGGCGUUUCAGUUCGGCAUGUGUGUGGUGGAGCCGCCGCCGCAGCCCCGACGCAAUGGCACGUGGAAACACAACCGCGUGUUUGCGGACGGCGACGGGACGAACGCUCAGGGUCACGACAGGAGAGAUUUCUGCACCGGACAGCAGCAGGAUGAGCUGGUGCUGGAGGAUCUGGACUGAAGGAGCGUUUCAAACACUCUACGGCACAUGCCGGCAACACACCAAACACAAAGCAAAAAAAAAUUUAAAAAAAGUGAGGCUACAGGAAAAAAAUGGAAUUGCACAUUUUUCUGAUAAAAAAAGUCAAUGUUUUAAAAAGCUCCAGGUUUGCUUUAUAGGGCUGCACAGUUUGGCCCAAUUUUUUGAAUACAGUAUAUAUCAAUGUGACUUUAAUAAUAAUUAUAAUUAUUAUUAUUAUUAUAAAAAGUUUUACUAUAAAAUGAUAUUAUUAUAUUAUAUUAUUAUUAUAAAACGACAUAAAAAAGUCAGAAUUAUGAGAUUAAAAAUCAAAAUUAUGAGAUUAUGACUAAAAAAGUUGAAAUUAUGACAAACUAAAAUUAUGACAGUAAGUCAAUUAUGACAAAAAGUUGAAAUUGAAAUAGGUUAUUUUCUUUUGUUAUAAUUUUGACAACUUUUUUGGUCAAAAUUAUAACAUACUAAGUCAUAAUUAUGAAAUCAAAUUUAAAUUAUGAAUGUUAAAAUCCAAACUAUGAGAUGAAAAUGUCAAAAUUAUGACAUAAAAUGUCAUAAUUAUUGAACAAAAAGUGAAAAUUAUGAGAUUAAAAGUCAAAAUGACAAGAUAAAAAAAAAAUCUAAAUUAUUAGAUUAUUAAAAUUGUAAAAAAUAAAAAUAAAAAAAAUAAAAUAUGACAAAAUGUUAAGGCAAAAAAGUUUAGUUUUAGUUCCCAAAUUUAUGGGACUAAACUGUCAAAAGUAUCAAGUAAUAAAUCAAAUUUAUGAAAUAAAAAAAUCCAAAUUGUGAAAUAAAAGUCAAAAUUAAAACAAAAUUUAAUAUAAUUAUGACAUUAUGACAAAAAUUAUGGCAGAAGUGUUGAAAUUUUGAGAUUAAAAAGUCAAAAUUAUGGCAUAAAAAUCAAAAUAAUGUUAUAAUUUAAGUCAUAAUUAUAAAAAAAAAAGUCACACAAUUAUGACAUACAAAGUUGAAAUAGAUAAAAAGCCAUAAUUACGACAAAGUGUCAUAACAUUUGACAUCUCAUAAUUAUGACUUCACUGUAAACCCUAACGCUCAAAAUACUUAAUUGUUUUGAGUAGGACAAACUUAAAUUUAACAAAUUAGUUCAGUUAAAUUAACUGUUAUGAGUGUUUAGAACUUUCUUUUGAGUUCACAGAACUGAUAUAUUUUGAGUAAACUGAACUGUUUUAUUGUUUUGAGUUGUAUGAACUAAUUUCUUUUAAUUUAGACUAACUUAAGUAACUGAAACUGGGCUGGGAUUUCUAUUUCCCAGCAUGCAUCCUAGCAAAGCGAGAGUAAAUGCUCAAAUUAAGUGUUAUAUAAUGUUUUUUUGGUGCAAAAUUAAUGGAUAAGGGAGAUUUAGUAGUGAUUAAUGUUUCAUUAUGCUAAUUUAGAAGAGUUUCUGUUAAAGUGGGUUUUUGGAGAGUUACCAUCAUGAUGACAUGUGGCGCAUUUGGCUUGGUUUGAAAACAGGUAAGUUACAUGUUUAAGUUGCUGUACUCGUUCAGAAAGUGCUAUACCAUGCUAUUGUUAACAUGUUAGCAAAUUAGCAAGUUGGCAUUUUUUGAAUUUUCUUAUUAGGGUUUACAGUGAAGUAAAUAACUCAUUUGAUUUGGAAGACCUCAAAAUAAAAAAGUUAAUUAACUAAAUAUUUUAUGUUAAUUGCUAUCGAAGUGUAUGAGUUAGCUAACUCAAUACUUUAAGUUAGGAGCAAUUAUCAUGCAUGAGCACUACAAACUCAAAACUUGAUAGUUCUGCUUACUUGAAAUUGGGAACGUUAUAACUCAAAAAAUUUGAUAUAACUGAUUACUUCACAUUUUUUGAGUUAGCCCAACUUAUUUGGGUUUACAGUUUUCUUUUAAUUUGGACUUUUUAUGUAUAUGUAUAAUUAUGUUUAAUUAUUA